CGCAAAUUGGGAGCUGUUGGCCAGGGCGUAGUUAUCCUGAUAUUUAGUGAAAUUGUAGAAAGUCGUGUAUUUUUCUCCUCAAUAACACAUCUGGAAACACAUUAUAAUAAUCACAUUAUUCUAAAGUGAUAACCGGCUCAGUGUUUAUUUUUUUGUAAAUUAGAUAAUUAUUGUGUUAGCUAGCUAUCCUUGUUAGCAUAGACGUCCAAGGGAAUUCUGCAGAGAAACAACUCAAAUUGUCUGAAUUCUGGAAACAUGGAGUCAACGAAAACUGCGCUCCGUUAAGUUCUGUGGAUGUUUGCAACACGAAGGAGAUCUACAAUAAACAUUUGAAACGGUUCCUUAGGUCGUGAGGACUUCAUAUAUAUUCGCCGGGACACGUUUUAUAAUUUUUGCUACGCUUGUUUUUGUGAAUUCUUUUUUUGGGAAUGACAUUCAGAAUUGUCGGAGCAUACGAAGCGAAGUUUUCUAGUUACUGAAAGUGAUCCCGUUUCCGUUGGUACAGUAGAUAGCUAGCUAGACAUCGUUGGCCGAGACUCGGCAGCAAGGUACAGUAGUUAGCUGAUGUAUUCAUUCGGCUGAAUUUCAAUGGUUUACUUUGUUUCUUAGCCAGCUAUCACUCUUAACUUUUAUGGAAAACGUAUAUUAUUGGACACGUUUCGAGUCUACUGGAGGAAAAGCCGUUGGAUUUUCCACUCCCUGGAGUUAACUAACCGCUAGCUAGCGUUCAAGCUAUCUGAAUUGAAGCUCCUAACAAAUUUAGAGGGGCACAUUGGCUAGCAAGCUAAAUAGUGCAAUAGCUAGCUGGGGGGGAAAACAAUGCAUUUGCUAUAGCUAGCUGAUCAAGCUAGGAAUAUUACGUCGUUUGCUAUUUUGAUGCAAUAAUUACUAAAGGUUAUCUAGUUAAUUCCCAACACGGGUUUCAACUCAGACUUGUCGGUUUUUAGAAAUUCUCAUGGUCACGAGGGGCUGGCUGCUCGUCUACGGAUAAAGGCAAACCUGGAGGCUGGGAACACCAAAUGGGACUGACUCGAUUUUCAACAUCUUAAUUUAUUUUUAUUUUUUUUAAGAUACGCUGGCUGUUACUACAUCAGGCCCAGGUAAACUGGUUGUAUUUUCUAUAGGGCGGAAACAGUUAAAGUGGAGCCUGUAUCAAUAUUUUCUAAGGGAACAACGCAUCAUUGCCAAUAGGAACAUCAUCCCCGAACCUGGUGUCUUGUGCGAUAAAGUGGAGAGCUGCACGACGUAAGACUAGGGCUUAUUAGAGGUCCUGAUUUAUCUCAAGAAAUUGCUACAGUAGCGAAAAAAGCAUUAUCGUCAGUGGCUUCACUGAAUACGUACCAUUUCACUGCACAUGAUUGCAAAACUCUUACAUUGAGGUAUUGAAUUCAGUAUUCGGACAUACCCAGACAUUUAUUUUUCACUGGGAGUCUAUCGCCGACAAUUGAAGGUGUUUUCAUGACAUUGUUAUUUGGAGAUUCCGCUUUCAAUGUUGUUGAUGUCAUCACCAUUUUCAAUCAUCUCUUCAACAUAGACGGAUGUUAGGGGAGGGCUAUUCAAAGAGUCUGUCUUAUCAUACUUUGGAAAAUGAUAAUUGGAUAUAAAUCCCAGCAAAUCUAGAAACGGAAGCCCAAUGAGCGACACACAGUCCAGUAUCACUGAUAGGUUUUCCAAUAAAGCAAACAGAAGCAGUAGCAUUCUCAGUAAAGACCACCCCCCUGACAAGAAACCCAAAAGUGAUAAACCGGCAGUCUCCUCUUCACAUGAGUUUGACCCUACAGACGUUCUGGUGCAGAAGAGUGACUGUGUUCUAGUGGAGGGGAAGCCUGAGUCCUGUGGGCUUGUCCAGCGAUGUGUGAUCAUUCAGAAAGAUGAGAAUGGCUUUGGGCUGACGGUGAGCGGAGACAACCCAGUGUUUGUGCAGCUCGUCAAGGAAGAUGGCGCUGCAGAGCGUGCGGGUGUACAGACAGGUGACCGGAUCAUCAAGGUGAACGGGACCCUCGUAACACAUUCAAACCAUGUGGAAGUAGUAAAGCUCAUCAAAUCGGGCUCCUAUGUGGCCCUCACAGUGUUGGGGCGACCCCCUGGGCUGCCCCAGAUCCCCCUAUCGGAGAGCGAGGCUAAGCUGGGGUUCCCGGGGCCCCAGGCUGGGUCGUCCCCUGUCUCCUCUCCAAACGCUCCUGGACAGCCAACGGGGGAGCGCCCAUACAGCCCCCAUGACCGCAUCACCUCUCCUCUACCGAUAUGGGAAGAGAACAACAGCGUACACAGCCAAAAGGUGGACAUCCUGCAGAAGAUGUUGUCCAAGGAGCAACAAGAUUUGCAGGCAAUGAAGGAGGAGUACAGCAGGAAUCCGACGCCAAAACUACUGAAGGACAUCCAGGAAGCCAAGAAGCACAUUCCACAGCUGCAGUGGCAGCUCAGUAAGGCCACUGGAGGAGCACAGGAUGCCCUGCAAUUGGGUGACGGAGAUGACAGUAGCAUGGUGGACAUGGACCACACCCCUUCCUCCAGGGGAGACAGUAGCAAUGACCUCUCGUGGAGCAGCAGUACCAUGUCCCCUGUUCUCCGCAGUUUUGCACCUGCCUCCCCGGAGAGCCUGUGCCAAAGAGACAUGUUGUCCUACCACAGCCCAAAGAGCACGCCCCGAGACAGCUUCAACUCCUGCCACUCCCCCGACCCAGAAGACACUCCAGACCUGGACUCGCUGUCCCCCUCUACUGUAAACAGCCCUUCCUCACACUUUGUCUCCCAGAUCAUUGGAGCUGAGGACGACUACUUUGACUCUGAUCAAGAACAGGUCAAUGGCCAGUGCAGCUGUUUCCAGAGCAUGGAGCUGCUCAAGUCCAGACCUGCCCACCUGGCAGCUUUCCUGCAUCAUGUCGUCUCGCAGUUUGACCCUGCACCGCUGCUCUGCUACCUCUUCGCUGACCUGUGCAAGCAAACUAACUCCAAAGAAACCAGACGGGUGUUCAUGGACUUCCACAGCUUCUUCAUCGACCGGGGAGCUAAUUUAAAAGUAGCUGUUCCUGAGUCCAUCUCCUCUGACCUUGACCGGCGGAGGACGGAGCUGAUCCCUGAGGAGCAGAACAGACAGUUAGUCCAGAUGAUGCAGGACACCCUGCUCCCUGACAUCCAGAGGAACCUGGAGGACUUCAGGCAGAAGCGCAGUAUGGGCCUAACCCUGGCUGAGGGGGAACUGGCCCGGCUGGACACGGAGCGCGUCAGAGACCGGGUAGCACUGGAGAGAGAACGCUCCUGUGCUGAAAACAUCAUCACCAAGAUCGAGGAUGUCCUGUUGACAACCCAAUCCACAGAGGAGGAGAAAUGCACUACUAUGCAGUAUGUCAUCCUCACGUACAUGAAGCGCCUUGGAGUGAAAGUCAAAGAGCCACGGGGCCUAGAGUUCAAAAGAGUCCGCCUGAACUUCCUCCCCAAGAUCAAGAAGAGCGUCAAGACCGAGAAGGAGGGAGGGGAGGAGAAGGUGAAACGAACCAGGUUUCCCAGCAUCCUCGGGCCUCCGCGCCGGCCCAGCCGCGUCGACCCCACGUCCAUCGGCAAGGCCAUGGACCUCAACAAGCCGCGGCCCCAGAAGCAGCUGUCCCAGCCCUGCCUGGGGGCCGUGGAGCACCUGGAGGCGGGUCGCCUGACGGCCAGUCAAUCCAGCGAGGGCUCAGAGCUCACACAUUCCUCCAAUACUAACGCCACCUCGCCAACCAACAGCACCACCAACAGCCACGCCUCAGACGGAGGCAGCAGAGACUCUGAGUUUGUUCUGACCCCUAACUCUGCCUUCCUCAAACUGAGCGAAGGUCUUGGAGACCUGGACAGUCUACAGUACACUCCAAACACACACUUUGACUACAGCCUGAGCCCAUACAGCCUGGACCAGCUGCAGGAGGAGGACAGGGAGAGCAGAAUCCUUGAAGGAACACCCAAGUCUAUCAGAAGGUUGGAUGGCCUUGGUCCUACGGAGGUGCAGAGUGAAGACGACCAAGGAGGCACGGACUCUGAGCACGACCCUCUCAACUGGCAGCAGCUGGUGGGACGUGAGAUCCUGGCUGGACUCGGGGCCCAUGAGAUCAAGAGACAGGAAGUCAUUAACGAGCUGUUCUACACUGAGAGGGCCCACCUGCGGAUGCUCAAAGUGCUGGACAACAUCUUCUACCAGAAGCUCACCAGAGAGGCCAUACUGCCUCCUGCCGACAUCAAGAACAUCUUCACCAACCUGGGGGACAUUGUUCAACUGCAUGUUUUGAUAUCUGAGCAAAUGGCAACAAUCCGGAAAAGGAACGAGACGUCCGUAAUCGACCAAAUAGGAGACGACUUGCUGUCCUGGUUCAGCGGGGGCGAGGAGGAGAAGAUCAAGCAGGCGGUGGGCACGUUCUGCAGCAACCAGCCCUUUGCUCUGGAGCUCAUCAAGAGCAGGCAAAAGAAGGACUCGCGCUUCACCUCCUUCAUGCAGGAGGCUGAGAGUAACCGACUGUGUCGAAGACUCCAACUGAAGGACAUCAUUCCCGUGGAGAUGCAGAGGCUCACCAAGUACCCUCUUCUACUGGAGAACAUCGCCAAGUACACAGAUGACACCAUGGAGAAAGACAAGGUAAAGAAGGCAGGCGACUGCUGCAGGAAGAUUCUCAACCACGUCAACCAAGCGGUGAAGGAGUCUGAAAACAAACAAAGGCUGGAGGACUACCAGAGGCGGCUAGACCUCUCGUCUCUGAAGCAGACGGAGAACCCCAUGAUUACAGAGCUCAAGAACCUGGACUUGACCAAGAAGAAGAUGAUCCACGAGGGACCACUGUCAUGGAAGGUCAACAAGGACAAGACUAUUGAGCUGUACACCCUGCUCUUGGAGGACAUCCUGGUGCUGCUACAGAAGCAGGACGAGCGGCUCGUCCUCAAGUGCCACAGCAAAAACCUGUCGGGCACCGCCGACACCAAGCACAUCUUCAGCCCCAUCAUCAAGCUCAACGCGGUGCUGGUGCGCUCUGUGGCCACAGACAACAAGUCGUUCUUUGUUCUCUCAAUGUCGGACAACGGGGCACAGAUCUACGAGCUGAUGGCCCAGACCGUAUCAGAGCAGAGAAUGUGGCAGCGGCAGAUCACCCAGAGAGCGGACGCCAUGAAAGUGAAGCCGCAAAGCGGCAUCCACUUACCUCAAACGGAUGUGGAGAUCAUUGCUGCAGACGUAGCCCGACUCGGUAAGGACCCGGACCGCAUCUCCUCUGGAAGCAGCCAGUCUAUAGAUAAAGAGUGCAGCGCUGCCUCUGGUGGCGUGAUGCAGACCUCUCUCCCAGAUGCCAAGUCCUUUGUAGGACUCAAGCCCGAAGAGGAGGAGCCCAGCCGGGAGGAGGGGCUUUACAGGGACCCGGACCUUGCAGAUAGGCUGCCCUUCCGCAUGGCCGUAGACGGGUUCAGCGAAUCGGACGGGCUGGGCUUCAGUCCUUCUAGGGCUGAUGAUGCCUUAAAGACAUUGUCGGCGCUGAAGCAGGUCCUGGUGACCCAGCUCAUGUCGCAGGAGGACGGCGAGCGUGCUGGGCGCUCCUCCUCGGGGGGUGGGCGUCUUCUCAGGACCACGUCCCUGAGGACCCCCGUGGACAGCCGUGCCCGGGGGGCUGUGCAGAAAGGCUCCGGGAUGUGCACCCAGGCCAGCCACCCUGAGGAUCCGGCUCAGGACCUGGUGUCUGGGGACACGGGUUUCUUUGAGUCCCCCGAGGAUUAUGCAGGGUACCUGGUCCUGGAGGGCUACGGGGGCUCGGGGGAGAGCAGCACGGACGAUGACCUCCAGGCCACCGGGAAGCAGCUGAGCGCCUCGCGGGGCUGCGGGGCAGGAGACUCUGGGAUCAGCCUGAGGUUCUCCUCUGCCUCACAGGCAGGUAGCAUCUCCAGCUUCAGCCGACAGGUCCUGUCCCACCUCCGCAACCUGCAGACCAACCUCAACCACCUCAAGGAGGUAGAGGCCAAGUAUCACAGUCUACUACGCCAGAGGCCGGCCAGAUCAUCGACAGGCACGGACAUCAACAAAGAUAAAAGAUAGUCGUGGAACGUCAGCCCCUUCCCCUCCCAGGCCUCUGCAUCAGGCCGUAAGGGAGACGGUGAAGAUGGAAGGGUUGAUUUCUUGCCUCCCUGCUGUCUCGUUGACCUGGAUGUCCUCUUAGCUUGUCCACUCAACUGCUGAGUACCCUCUUCCUCCUCCCACAGUGGUUCUCCCCGAGAGACUGAGCAUGAGCGAGAGACAGUUGGAGGAAGGGGGGUUUCCUUUGGAUUUCUCCUCCCGCACCUCUCCGUCAGCACAAGGCAAUCAGGGAAGAGGGACUGUCCCGAAUCCAGCCCCCCCCCCCCCGUGUGUCCCCACUCCAAUUGCUGUGGGUCGCCCUGUCUCCCCUCCCAUUUCUCUCUACUCCUAGUCAUCCCUGCAAGAAGGGGAACUGCACCAAAAUGUAAAAAGCCGUGUGUUUAGGAUAUAUAUUAAACACACAAAAAGAAGCGACAAGUGAAAGGAACAUUUUAAGAUAAUGUAUUGUGUGUGUUUUUGUUUUUUAUCCCAUGAUGUAUUUAUUUUCUCUCUUGUGGUUUCCCAUGUUGCUUGCAUGUUUUUUUUUGUGGGCUUUUUCGACCUCCUUUUAGGCUGCUCCACCCAUAUCACACUAUCCUAUCCUUAAUGAACAGGAAUAAUACGAGUGGGUAUAGAGUCACAUUUUGCGUGGAGCCCUCAUAGGAUGGUGUUUAAGCAGCAUGGAAAAGUCAGGGGCUCUGUCCUGGUCCUCAGUGUGUUUUUUACAACUGGUCUAAAACUCAUCCCUUCUACUUCUGUUGGUAAUCAUGUCUGGUUUCCCCUCCCUGUGCCUGCCCAUGCUACUGCUGAUGUGCCAGUGAUCUGACAAUUCUAGCUGAUAAUGUCAUAAAGUUCACACACAAACUAUCAAGUUGGAAGGUUAUGCAUAACUUUAAUAAAAAAAUGCCACGACACAUUUCUCAACCUUAAACACGGUUUAUUCAUUUAGUCCUGGUCUCUUGGUGAUAGACUUGAAAUGUUCUCACGUUCCCUUACUUCUAACCCUGUAGAUAUUUCACUAAAACUAUUUGAUUAACAAGGUGACUAGAUGGGACAGAAAGAAACACCAAGUUACUUGGACUGCAGGGCGGGCUGCCAUGUGGCUGUGGGAGUUUUUCAGCACCGUUUUCCGUCAGAGUGAGGUAACAAAUGGAGGACAGUGGAGUUAGCCUACUCAUGAAAUGUAGCCAUCACAGUAAGUGUACAGCCCUUUUCACUACAGUUUUGCUCAAUACUGACCAAUCAGGGUAGGUAGGCUGCAUUAUUUUGUUCACCUAUGAGUUUGACCAUGCAGGAACAUGUUGCUAAGCUUUUGUUAGGUAACUAAAUUUGGUUAUCCCAUACACAGUAGUUUUCUAUUUCUCAGAUUUCAACUCAACUUUUUUUUGUACUGUUACAUGGAAUGGAUUCAGCAAUACCAUGACUUAAUGAAUCAAUAACAAGGCAAUUCAGGUGUCCUUUUCCUCUUGUAUGACGAUGCAGUCACCUGACAAAUGCCAGUAGGGGGCAGGCUUUUACCAUCUACCAGAUAGACAUAAGGAGGACCCACCCUGAAACCUGCAGUGACAUCAGUUUUCUCUGUCUGAAACAAGGUGUUCUUUUGCUGCUGGAUGUGUAUCUAGUCUAUCAUUAUAUGAUUCAGCUCAAACUAUCAAAUGACAUUUUUCUUCCUUCAGGCAUCUGUCUGAAAGCUCAGUUACUGUCUGAAAGGUUGAUAGCUAAAUAUACCGGAGAGAAAUGCCAUUGUACCCUGUUACUGCAAAGCAAUGUAAUGUCUGAAGAACUAAAUCUGCUUUGGAAUUUAACUUUAUGUAGUUAAAGGGUUUUGGGUUAAAUCUA